ACUAGCCAGAGUUCCACUUUCACAAAUCAGCUCCCCAUCAUCACUUCUGUCUUGGGGGCAGGAGCAGUCCUCGUGAGCGGCUAGCAAAGCAACAUUGCUUUUUGUAUGAAGCGUGGUUCUGAGAGAGUGCGUGGGCACUCUGCAGAAUAUGCAUCAUCGCAUGGAGGUAAUUCGCCUCAGAAACAGCGCACUUCUCAUAUGUUCCUUCAGUCAGUCAAGAGUGAUGAUUAGGGCAAUGUCAAACAAAGAAAUACGAGAAGUGGUGGAGUGGCAAUAUAGUUUCUGCCAGAUCUGAGAGCAAUCAGUGGUUCCAAGAUAUCAUAAUCACGCAUUCGGUGGGCUAAUGGCAUCUAGAAUCAGAUUCUUUUGUUAUAUUGUCCGCCCCUCACCCUUAGGUCACUACUUCCCCCUGCUAAAGCUGGAAUCAGCAGCAUUUCAGAGUACCUACACCACUUACUUAUCCGUUGGGUUAAACUCCUCAUCAGCUUGACUGAAUUCUGCGGGUAUCUUGUCUUGAUCCUUUUGAGCUGAAAGUAGGUCCCAGUGUUGUCACAGGGUCUGUUGUUAAACAAAGGCAGUACAAUAUGCCACAGCAUACAGAGUUGAAGCUUCUUGAGAGCCCAAUUCCUGCUCAGAGCAGUGUCUCAGCUGGAACCACUGCCUUAGAAAUCGCACCAGGUCUAGAAUCGCACAAGCACGCUGCAGCUGGACUGCCCAAAUCGUCGGCGCCAGUCCUGAAACCACCAGCAUUGAGUGACAGGGAGGGGUCUGAAGAGCAGCCACUUUUACCCGUGUUCCGUAGAAAGCGCAGCAAGCUUUAUUGGUUGAGGAAGGUGGGGCUGCUGUUGGCCAUCUUCAGUGCGUCCCUCUCUCUGGUGGUUGUAUUGUUUCUGCACUUGCCGACCAUUGACACCGUCGAAGGGGACAGCGAGCAGGCGGCGCUCAAGGUGCCGACGACUUUGGAGGACUUGAAAGUGUUCCGCAACGUCAUCGACCGCUAUCAGUCAAAGAACAAGUACCGGGUGGCGAUUGCCCUCAUCAUGCUCUACAUCUUUCUUCAGACUUUCAUCAUCCCGGGGUCCAUCUUCAUCAAUCUCCUCGCGGGCAGUUUGUACAAUUUUGGGACGGCCUUAGCCUUCUGUACGGUCGUAUCAACUAUCGGGUGCUGUUGCUGCUUCUUGAUAUCGCGACAUCUUCUGAAAGAUGUUAUGUACAGCAUAUUUCCAAAGAAGUGCGAUUCUUUAAGUGGCGAAGUUCAGAAGCACAAGCAAAACUUGUUCUUUUUCAUCCUUUUUCUUCGCAUAGCACCCAUCCUCCCUGGAUGGUUUGUGAAUAUAGCUUCACCCGUGGUCAAAGUCCCGCUUAGUCCCUUUUGUUUAGGAACCUUGGUAGGAAUGCUUCCACAGAGUUUUCUCACCGUAAAAGCUGGAAGAACGUUGACUACCAUCUCUAGUCUUGCGGAGCUCUAUGAUUGGCAAACACUAGGGACCUUAGGGGGCUUUGGCGUCCUCGCUUUGCUUCCUGUUUACGUGAAGCAUAGGCUGGAGCAAAGCCAGACAGGCCACAAAAGCGUUUGAAGUGUUCCUUCAAAUAACGUUCGGGUGAGGUUUAGUACUCGUGCAAAUACCCAGAGUUCUAUUGUGCUUGGAAAGUUCAGUCGGAGCAAGCAACAUAUUUCAUUGGGCGUUUUUGCAUUUCACCGGUCA